GGAAUAUAUAACAUAUGAUAGGUAACGUUUCUGCCACUGAGCAAGUAAUCACUACGUUAUAGUUUCUGCAAUAAAUUAGUUACUUGAAUUUUGAAACAUAAAAUAUACAAACUAUAAGUUUAUGUAAAAUUCCAGUAUUGGGGCGGAUUUUUUUCCAAUGCCCAGGAGCGGCAUUAGGUUUAAAUCCGGCCCUGUGAGGUGCAGUUGAUUAAUUUGAGACUUUAAUCAAUUGAAAGGAUAUUAAAUGAAACGAAAUAAGAUGUAAUCUGGGAAAGUCUCAGAAAAUGAUGGUUAUUAUCGGAGAGCGCAGUGAACUUUUUGGAACAAAUUCAGAGGCCACGUUCAGCAAUCUUAUUUCAUGUUCCCACAUUUGUGUAAAUAAGCAUGGGUUUUUAUUUAUUAUUGAAGGAUUACCGGUGCCCCAGAGGCCUUUACAGUUUCACCAGGACAGGUGCGCGAGCAAAGGCUCAGCUAGGACAGGUGGGAUUAGCUAACAGCUGCCCGAGUGUCGAAAGAGACCUAACAACUCAAGAGCAGCUGCUUCACGAAUAAAUCUACUACCAGAUCGGAAUCACGACCCGCUGAGAAGAUCCGAAGAUGAAAAACUAAACGGACUGAUACAUGGUUUGGUUGUCCGUCGACGUGUACGGUUGUCGGGGUUCCUAUGCAUGUUUCUAGCCUUAGAGCUGAAGGCGUCUAAUGCAAGAGCUAUGUAUUGGAUCCGAAUGAUCCGUAAGGACGUGUCAAGAGCGUAGACGGUGACUGGCUUCUGAGUAAUCAGGAUUCGGGGAGUAGUCAGCGGCGGCAACGAUAAGGCGAUUAUCAUGACGCAUAGCCUUAUCGAAGUAGCGAUCCGACGCUGACUUCAUGUGUUUUCGGAUUGAUUCGAGGCCCAGGUCGUUGUGUAAGUCGAUAUUCCUCACAAACCACGCUGUAUUGACGGCUAAUCUGCAAAAACGGGAUUGUAAGAAUUAGAAGAUGUCUGUCUGUGCGGACCGCGUAAACACCAACACGCGAACGCGAACACCACCCUCGAAAUAAACGCGAUAUUAUUUAUGUUGGUACUAUAUUGUGCAACAACAUGUAGCAAAGGAAUGACUGAAAUCGAAGCUCUGGGAGCAAAACCAAAUCACUGCACCUAUGAAUAUGCCUACGACAUGUACGGAGCUCACUGCGCCGAUCUCAGACUCUCAAAAAUACCGAGCCUUAGAAGUGGCAUUGAGAUCUUGGACUUCAGCGACAACAAGCUGCAAGAAUUAACAGGAGAUACGUUGUCAAGUUAUACUAGUAUAAAAUUCUUGUAUUUAGCAGAUAAUCAAAUCUAUCUCAUAGAAGAUGAUGCGCUCAGUAGUCUAACCGACUUACAGACAUUGGAUCUCUCAAAUAACGUAAUUUUGGAAUUACCAAAAAAGAUUUUUCAGUUGCCUUCUCUAAGAAAACUGUAUCUAAAAGGAAAUCCAUUGAUUCAUAUGAGUUUGAAUGAUCUGGUUUCAUUCCAGCCAGUGAAAGCGCCUUUAGAAUUGCUAGAUCUGUCAAAUUGUAGGAUUAAAGUACUUCCGAAAUGGGGAAUUCUUUCUCAGCUAAUAUUCUACAACAUUUCACACAAUCCUUUGAUUUCUAUAGAUCCCCAUCACUUUUCUAGCAUGUGUAAUCUAGGAAAAGUCGAUAUAACAGAUUCUAUAGACAAUAUUAAAAUUUGUGAUCUUAAGCCCACGAUAAUGUGGUUUCAAAAUAAAUCUGUUUACUUUGAGCUCGCAGAUUAUUCUAGGUUAAAUUCUGGAGAAUACGAAUCGUGUCCUGUCUUAAAUGGCACUCAUAUGAAUAUCAACAACGCAACAUUCAAUCUAUGUAAAGCGGAACUACUACAGGUACAAAACAUUAAAGCGGCACGGAAAACAUGGCUUACUAUCAGUGGCAGUCUUUUCGGAUUCCUCGUCGGCUUCAUAUUGUUACUAUACAUAAUGCAUCGACACAAUGUGGCGCAAACCAAGAAGCCGUCACCGGAAAAGCUUAAAGAGACAAAAAAACCCUCGGGCGAUGCGGACAAACGUGCCACAGUUGUGCUGUUAGAUAACAUGUCAUAGUGUCAAAUAAUACUUGAUAAAUACUGCUUUAUGCAAUUUUAAACUAUCUCGAUCCAAUUUUUUUUAACAUUUUAUAAUAAGGCUUACAUUAUUUGAUAUGGUUUCUAAAGUGAAAGCAGUGGAAUAAAACAGCUUCAGCUUUGAAAAAUCACACAAGUUUGAUGAAAAACGCGGUUUAUUUAAACGGUUAACUGCCCUACAAAUUGAAAUAGGGUUGUCGUCAUUAUUGUGUUUUAAUAUAAUUUAUUUUUCUGUGAAUUUAAAAAAAUUAGUAGUGUAGUUAAGUAAAUUAGUAAUUAGUAAAGUAUUUAUGUCUAAAAUCUUGCAAUAUAAUUUAGGUUGCAGAGUAGAACUAACAUAAUAUGAUUUGAGUAUCAAAAUUGAUAUGCAUAUAUUGUACUAGAUUAUUUUUGUAAUGUUUUUUUUUUAUAUAAAUAGAUAGAGGCUGCUAAAGGCUGACUAAAAUUUAAUACAUAUUAAUAAGUACUAUAUCCCUAACACAUUGUGAGUCUUGUUAAUCAACUAAUUGGGUAGAUACAUUUUAUAUAUUACGAUUUCUCCCAAAGGCUUUGCAAAAAAAUUAAUUUAUUUUAAUUGACAUUAAGCAUAGUACGUAACAAGGAUCUAUUAGUUAAGCUUUUAAUUUGAUAUUAAAAUAGUUGAAGUCGAAAUUACCAAAGAUAUAGGGUAUUGUAUUUUUGCGCUAAUUAUUCGGUUUGUGAUCUCCACAUAUUAUCGCAUUAUCUUAAUCAGCAUAAUCUUUUUAUCUUCCCAAACUUAAACUUCGAAAUCAAUAAUAAUAAAUGUUGCGUUGUGCGUUUUUUAGAGAAUUCGCAUCUCUUAAGAAAUAGAGAGAACAAAAUAUGUUUAAUUGUAUAAAACAAUGAGCCGGACACCAUACUUACUGUUUACUACCAGUACACUUUUAAUUUGGAUGACUAUUCUGUUUUGAUUAGAUUUUUCUUCGAUGUUUUCCAUUUCCGUUGUACCAGAAUCCAACAUGCUGUAGUACGAUCGUUUUUGGGGAAAUUUAAUUUCUACCAUUUGUUUUUUUUAUUGCCACAUUAUAGGCAAACGAUACCUAUUCGUAAGUGAUCACCGUCGCUGACAGUCGUGUCAAUUGCGAAAUUAUCUAAAGUGACCCUGAGCAAAACACAUUUCAAACUGCUACCUAGAAUAAAACAGCCGAGCAGGGUAGCGCGGCUUAGUAAAGGUUUUCAUGUUUAAGUUUCAUUCCACCUUUUUCAGUCGUAUUGGUGUAUUGGGUUGAUAACUACCCACAUAUAGUAGAUUUUACAUCCUCUUAUUUGGGUUUCCUGUUUUAGGGCGGAUUUAUGCGCGUUUUUUUUUUUUUUUUUUUUUAUUGCUUAGAUGUGUGGACGAGCUCACAGCCCACCUGAUGUUAAGUGGUUACUGGAGCCCAUAGACAUCUACAACGCAAAUGCGCCACACACCUUGAGAUAUAGUUCUAAGGUCUCAGUAUAGUCACAACGGCUGCCCCACCCUUCAAACCGAAACGCAUUACUGCUUCACGGCAGAAAUAGGCGGAGCGGUGGUACCUACCCGUGCGGACUCACAAGAGGUCCUACCACCAGUAAUUACGCAAAUUAUAAUUUUGCGGGUUUCACUUUUAUUACACGAUGUUAUUCCUUCACCGUGGAAGUCAAUCGUGAACAUUUGUUGAGUACGUAUUUCAUUAGAAAAAUUGGUACCCGCCUGCGGGAUUCGAACACCGGUGCAUCGCUUCAACACGAAUGCACCGGACGUCUUAUCCGUUAGGCCACGACGACUCACGUCGUAUAUAUUAUUUACGGCUGCAUGCCUCUCAUGUCGUGUAAUCAGAGUAAUUUACAUUACUUUUUUAUUUAUUACGACAGCAAAUUCGCAAAGCUACGACGGUGCUACAAAAAAGUUAUAUAUUCAUUUAACUUUGUAAUUUUAUGACAUACUACAUUAUUAACAGUUCUGUUAUCUAGUUAUGUUUUUUUUUAUAUGCACAACUGCUUUUGUAACGCAGAAUUUUGUUUUACUGAUGAAAAGUUAUUUAGGAAUUUUAUAAUCUUUUCUUAAGAAAAUGAAUCCUGUUUUUUUGUAAAGUUGCCAUGAAAGAGAGAGUAUUAAAACUAUUGUAGUGAUUAAUGUUUUUCUACCAUGUAAUAAUAUAAGUAAAUUAUUAUAUUAAAAAAAAAGCUAUAUUUAACUGUGAUAGUUAAUAAAUUGGUUUUAAAUUUC